AAAUCAUGUGAAGAAAAUAGUAACACAUAGGAAAUCACGGAAAUAAAAAACGAUAAGGUAGACAGAUACGACGUCGCUUUGUUGAAAUUCCUCCGCCAUUUCACGCGGUGUCGCCGCCCCCGCGGUUGCUUCCUCUUCCACUAUUUGCGUCUGAGCUAUUGCUGCUGUUGCUGCUUUACCCUCCGCGCAUCGCCAAAUCGAGAUGAGCAACUACAACGACAAUCAAGCUGCAUAUCCGGCGCCAGCCGCCGCGUAUCCGACGGUGGUGCCACCGGGCGGAGGAUCCCUAGCUCCUCCGCCGCCGGCGGGUUACCCGAUGAAGGACGGCGAAUCGGGUCAGGAUCUGGGCCCGGCCCAGCCCGCCAACACUCAGACUAGAGGCGACGGCUUCUGGAAGGGCUGCUGUGCUGCCCUUUGUUGCUGCUGUGUAUUGGAUGCUUGCUUUUAGGAAUUCAGAAGAUUAAAAAAAAAAAAAAAAAACACACAUGUAUUUAUUUGAUUAUUAUAUAUUUUUUUUUUCCUUUUUUUUUGGACUCAUGAUUUCAAUUGCUGGAUUUAUUUGCGACUUUUGUGUGUUUGUCUUUUCCAUGUAAUGUAAUAAAGAUUGUACUAUUUACUUGUAACGUAAAUUCCAUUCAUUAUAAUGUUUUUAAGUGUUCUCGAUUUGUAAGUUGAUUUA